AUGUCUCGAACAGUGACCAAUCGGGUGGCGAGAGCCGUGCACGCGCUGCUAUUGGCUGCUAGAUCUGACAACCGAUCUGAUGGCAGGCGGGGAAACGCGCUGCUGGGCGAACUUCGCAGGCUGAAGAAGCUUCCUGCGGGUUUCCUGCGAUCUGUUGCUGAGGAGCUGUGGCGCCUGCGGGAAUUCAAACUGGCAGCGGAUGUCCUUGAAUCAGUCCCACCAGCCAUUUUCUCUGAUAACAGGCGAUCAGAUGCAUCAGAUUCAUCAGAUUCUUCAGACAAUUCAGAUUCUGAGGAUUCUGAAGAGUCUGAGGAUUCUAAGAAGUCUGAUUUUCCUGCUCGCGGUGGCAGCAGCCCUGAGCGCGAGAUGACAGGUCAGCAGCGGACAUGUGGCAGCCAGAGGUGGACAGGUGGCACACUGCGGUUGCACGCCCGUGUGGCAGCGGGGCUGGUGGCAGCGAAUCAGGUGGAGAGGGGAGUGCAGCUGAUUGGCCAGAUGCCGCGAGUGCAUACACAGGUCACUGAUUCAAACACAGAGCAGCAUGGGGCAUAUGACCAUGCACUCGGCAUGGGGGUGUAUUUGCAGGCUACUGAUUCAGGCACCAAGGACAUCAGAAGCACAGCACUCACAGCAGAAGUUCCAGCAGGGCAGUCUGUUGCGCCUGGCUGCGUCACACAGCCACUGGCCUGUGGGAAGGCUGUAUCUCUCCCCAUACUGGGCAGACUUCCCGUGCCCCUGUCGCCCGCACCUCCACUCUGGAACGCUCUCGUGUCACAGCAGUUCACUCCUUCAAACCAGCUGACAGCAGCAGAAAGACAGGCCGCACCAGAGCAACAGACAGCAGCAGGGGAACCAGCUGCCGUAGCAGAGCAACGCCUCUCACCCACCAGUCUCUCUCAUUCCUCUCAUCUUUCCCACACUAUCACCGCUCCCGCUCGCCCUCUCUCCUAUGCCUCGGGCUGUGCUCUGAUAGUGGCGUUUGGAGAGGUGGGGGUGGUGGACGGGGCGGUUGCGAUGCUGCUGUGCAUGGCCUGGGGGUGGGAUGAACCUACCUUAGGUUGUGAAAGCAGGAUCCCAAACCGGGCUUUAAGGAGGGAGGCACAUGUGGUGUUGCUGCUUGCAGCCGCCCUCGCCCGCUGCAGUCGCCCUGACGACGCCCUCGCGCUGCUGCGCUUCGUGCUCCAAUCGGGAGCUGCCACGUGGCAGGGUGGAAGGGGCCAGGUAGCAGUGGCUGCGAGGGAGGCUGGGGAGGCGGUGAUGGUGGCUUUGGCGAGGGAGAGACGAUGGGGGGAGAUGGAGGAGGUUGGUGGCACCACGGGCGGCAGCCUGGGCGGCAGCGCCGGCGGCACCACAUCUGGCAGCAAGCUUUUCAAGUGCAGAAGCUGA